AUGAAGUCUCUGGUCUUUGCUCUGCUCCUAGGAGCUGUGUUUGCCACAGAGGAUGACAAGAUUGUUGGAGGGCAGGAGUGCGUGCCUCACUCUCAGCCCCAUCAGGUGUCUCUGAACUCUGGCUACCACUUCUGCGGAGGCACCCUGGUCAACGAGAACUGGGUGGUGUCUGCUGCUCACUGCUACAAGUCCAAAAUGGACAUAGUUCUCGGUGAUCACAACCGCUGGUUCAUGGACGGAAAUGAACAGAUCAUCUCUGCUGAACGCGUGAUCCCUCAUCCCAACUACGAUUCCUGGUUGGUUAACAAUGACAUCAUGCUGAUCAAGCUGAGCCAACCUGCCACCCUCAACAAGUAUGUGCAGCCCGUGGCUCUGCCCAGCAGCUGUGCCCCCGCUGGCACCAUGUGCACCGUCUCCGGCUGGGGGGUGACUAUGAGCUCCGCUGUUGACAGCAACAGGCUGCAGUGCCUGAACAUCCCCAUCCUGUCUCGUGAAGACUGUGAUAACUCCUACCCUGACAUGAUCACUGAUGCCAUGUUCUGCGCUGGAGACCUGGAGGGAGGCAAGGACUCCUGCCAGGGUGACUCUGGUGGUCCUGUUGUGUGUGACGGUGAGCUGCAGGGUGUUGUGUCAUGGGGCUUUGGGUGCGCAGAGAAGAACCACCCGGGGGUCUACGCCAAGACCUGCAUUUUCACAGACUGGCUGCAGAGCACCAUGGCAUCUUACUGAGACCCCUCUGAUAACACGGUUAUUACACUGAAAACCACCG